CGGAGAUAUGAUGUCUACAGCAGCUACACAGCCAACCUCAGUGUUAUGCACGCUGCACAUUUGGCCUUCUAGAUGGAAUCUACCAUCUAUUGACCCCACAUGUAUUGCAGCGGUUUUCUACCUGCAACUGACUAUUCCAGGGAAAUUCGAAGUUGUAGAAUGUACUAACCCCGACGUGUCCCCUAGUGGAAGGCUUCCCUUCCUCACACAUGGCCAUGCCACAGUGUCAUCCGUCCCAGCCAUCAUUUCCUUCGUUUCUUCGCUGGCAAAGUCUACUUCAUCAGGUGCAAGGGAUCUCGACGCGUCUCUAAGUGCACUACAAAGAGCAAAGCGAACUGCUUGGUGCUCGCAUGUUGAGGCGAAUAUUGGGGACCUCGUGGCAUAUUCGUUCUAUUCUGUGGACGACAACUUCUGGAAACUUACAAAUCCCAUCAUGGCAUCUAUGCUUCCCAUUCCGCAGCGCUACUAUGUACCUGGCCGGAUACGUGAAAUGUAUCGACCACGCUUAGAGGCUGCAGGUUUGUGGACACAAACAGCCUCUGAAUCAGAGAAGGACUCAUUCGGGAAACGACAAAAGAAAGACGACCCUAAAGACAACUAUGCGCGCGCUUUUGAACGGGACAAAGUAUCUGCGCUAGCGAAGGCAUCAUUUGCUCUUUAUGCGAAGUUACUGAAUGGACAGAAGUUUUUCUUUGGGGAACGGCCCACGACUCUUGAUGUUUGCCUAGCCUCGCACAUUCUCCUGUUACUUGAUCCGCCAUUCCCGGACCAUUUAAUGCGAUGUAUUCUAGAAGACUCAUACCCGACGCUCACAGAGCACGCACGCAAUGUGCAGACAGAAGUCUCACAAAUACCGCGGCAGUAUCUUGUUGCUCCUGCGCAAAAACAGUCGUUGCUGUCGUUAAUACCACGACCCCUGACCAACCCUCCCAAAGCCGAGGAGAGCCGAAUGGAUGAAGCAGACCUUCGGUUCCGUCGCAUGCGAUGGAUGUGGUUUGCGCUUGCCUUUGGCGGUGUGGCGUGCUACGUCGCUCAACUCUGGAUAAAGGUCACUGUUGUGGAGGCCAACAGGAGACCUCGACGUGUGCAGAGACAUGGGGCUGAGCAAUUUAAAGAACAUGAAGUAAAGGUCACGGACGAGGAAGAAGGCAAAGAAGAUGAAAAUGAAGAUGAAGAUGCGAGUGUCCAGGAUGGGGACGAGUAGGAUGAUCCUAGGCUCCAGAGUCUACAUGCGCUUGCGGUUUCGGCUUCGGCUUGGUGCACUAUAUUCAUACUGUGACGAUGCUCGCCUCAUCCAUAGAACCAUGACGGCGGUACCUCCUGUACCUCUAAAUUCCAUGAUUCCAUUACUGAAUAUGGAAUCCACGUGCUUGUCGAUUCUAACAAACCUGCCAUCAUCAUCAAAGCUGCUUGAAAAAUAUGUCACGGCCAGAGCACCAGACCCCGCCAGAAAUUGUAGAUUUUAUUUUCGUCGACUCAUCAUGUGA